AUGAUCAAGGUGAGCAAGCGCCGGUGGGUGGUGGUCCUGGUGUUCAGCUGCUACUCCAUGUGCAACGCCUUCCAGUGGAUCCACUACGCCGCCAUCAAUAACAUCUUCAUGUACUUCUACGGGGUCAGUUCCUUUGCCAUCGACUGGCUGUCCAUGUGCUACAUGCUGGUCUACAUCCCUCUGCUCCUGCCGGUGGCCUGGCUCUUAGAGAAGUUCGGCCUGCGGACCAUCGCCCUCGCUGGCUCCUCUCUCAACUGCCUGGGGGCCUGGGUGAAGGUGGGCAGCCCGCAGCCACAUCUCUUCCCAGUCACCAUGCUGGGCCAGGUCGUCUGCUCCGUGGCCCAGGUCUUCAUCCUGGGUAUGCCCUCCCCCAUUGCUUCCGUCUGGUUCGGAGAUGAUGAGGUGUCAACUGCCUGCUCCAUAGCUGUCCUCGGCAAUCAGCUUGGAAAUGCCCUUGGGUUCUUGGUCCCUGCUGUCUCGGUACCCAACAUCGACAACCCUGAUGAGCUUGCUUACCACAUCAGCAUCAUGUUCUACAUAACAGCAGGUGUGGCCACUCUGCUUUUCAUCCUUGUCCUCAUCGUGUUCAAAGAGAAGCCUAAACAUCCCCCCAGCAGGGCCCAGUGCCUGAGCUAUGCCUUGGCGUCUACUGAUGUUUCCUACUUAAGUUCCAUCAUCCAACUAUUCAAAAACCUCAACUUUGUGCUGCUAGUCAUCACCUACGGUCUGAAUGCUGGUGCUUUUUAUGCCUUGUGCACCCUGCUGAAUCGCAUGGUGAUCUUCCACUACAUGGGGGAAGGUGUGAUAGUUGGAAGAAUCGGCCUGACCAUUGCCAUUGCAGGAAUGCUUGGGACUGUGUUCUCAAUCAUCUGGCUGGAUAGGAGCAAAACCUACAAGGGGACCACCCUGGUACUCUACAUCAUGACUCUGGUGGGCAUGGCAGGGUACACAGGGACCUUGAACCUGGGACACCUGUGGAUAGUAUACAUCACUGCUGGGAUAAUUGGCUUCUCCAUAACUGGCUAUGUCACUCUGGGAUUUGAGUUUGCCGUGGAGCUGACAUACCCGGAAUCCGAAGUUGUGUCGUCUGGCCUCCUCAACGUGUCUGCCCAGGUAUUCGGGAUCAUCUUCACCAUCUCCCAGGGCCAGAUCAUGGACAACUACGGAACCAUGCCUGGGAACAUCUUCCUGUGUGUCCUUCUGACCCUUGGAGCAGUGCUCACUGCAUUCAUUAAGGCAGAUCUCCCCAGGCAGAGGCUCCUGAGGAGAUUUAGGGAAAUUGAAGUCAUAGGUGGCUGAUAUUUGUAGCAACCAGAGAUAACUUAAAACCCCAGGAAGGGGAGGAGGAGGAGGACAGCAAGAGCAGCAAAGCCCCCACCACUGUCGGGGAGGAGCGUUUCUGAGAGAUGGUGGAGGAACACCUCAGGGGAUCGGACCACCCCCCACCUCUUCAGCCAGCCCAGCUCUGCCUGCCAGCCCCAUGGCCUUCACCCGAGCAGCUUCUGGGGGAACUGGGAGGAACAUCUCUGUCUUAAAGGACAGAGCCUCUGCCUCCUGGAACCCACUCCAGAGUGUGCCGUCUCCGUGGGGGAGAUGCACUUUCCAGCACACAGGUGGGGGCCCUGCCUUCCCCCUGCAGGUUCUGGGAGCUGGGGAGGCAGAGAGAAGCCUGGAGUCAGUCCUGGCUGCUGCCUCAACUUCCUGCUUCAGCCCAUCUCUAGGGAGAUGUUCUCCAGAGGAAGGGUGAGCCCAGCCCACUGUCUGUCUCCUUCACUGCAAACUCACCUGGAUCAUUCCCCCCAAGAACUGCAAAGGUCUCCCGAGAGAUGAAAGGAAAGGAGAGGUAGUCAUUGAAUGGCCCUUGAAUGGCCCUUGGGUCUGCUGGGUUAGGUAAGCGUGUCCACCUCUGGUGGCCACAGUGUUUGCAGCCCCAAACCCUCUCCUCAUCCCUCUUCCAGCGACAAUCCUUUCUCAGACUUCCUGAAUAUAAAGGGACUCCUUUCAACCAGCCCAAGCUCACCUCCCCUGCCUUGCCUGCAUCUGGCUCUACUCACGGGCUUGGGAAGAGUCACCUCACAAUAAGACGUUUUUGCCAGUUCUCCUGUGCCGUGAGCUCUGUAAUCAAGACCCCUAUGCUGUGUGUUGUGCCCACUGCCUUGGCCGCAGCGCAUUGGCGUUGCCUGCGUGGAAGCGGUGCUUGGGCCGGGGCCGGGGUGAGCCAGGGGUGCCUGCGUCUGUGUGCACAGAUGCUCUGCCUGAGAGAAGUCAGACUUCUGGC